AUGCAGCCCAAUGCAUGGAUCAUGAAAACGCAAGCCCAUCGCGCCUUGAUAAAUAGUAAGCGCCAACGGCCAAGUGGAGGUCUCCACACCACAUCCCACUCCGAGCUUUCGAGCCAACACUUCGCCUUCACCGUCUACAAUCCCACUCUCCCCCUUACCGACACUUCUCUGACGUGCCAUGUCCGAUCCCGACCACAACCCCCCCCCGUGGAGCUGGCGGAACGUGAGAGCGAAAACCAAGAGCGCAAGGCCCGCGAAGAUGCGGAACAGGCUCAGCUCCCCUACAAGUGGACACAGACAAUUCGCGAUGUGGAUGUGACGGCACCCAUCCCUGCCAACCUCAAGGGCCGCGACAUGGAUGUGGUAUUGACCAAGAAUAAAAUCCGGGUUGCGAUCAAGGGUCAAGAGCCCCUCAUCGAGGGCGACUUCCCCCACGCUAUCCUCGUCGACGAAUCCUCUUGGACUCUUGAGACCACCCCCACCCCGCCCGGCAAGGAAAUCAAUGUUCACCUUGAUAAGGUUAACAAGGUUGAGUGGUGGCCUCAUGUUGUUACUACUGCGCCUAAGAUUGAUGUGACCAAGAUCACGCCGGAGAAUUCUAGUCUGAGUGAUUUGGAUGGCGAGACUCGUGCUAUGGUUGAGAAGAUGAUGUAUGAUCAGCGGCAGAAGGAGAUGGGCGGUCCCAGUAGCGAUGAGCAGAAGAAGAUGGAGCUGUUGAAGAAAUUCCAGGCUGAGCAUCCCGAGAUGGAUUUCUCCAACGCGAAGAUGGGCUAAAUCAUUCCUAAACCCCGUUUCAUUCUCGUUAUCUACGCAUAGACGAUCAAUGUAUGAAGUAUGAGCUAUGUCCAUCGGUGAUCGGUGAACGGUGAUCGAUAUUAUUCAAUGAAUGACGAAUUGCAUGGCGUUUGUCAACGUCAACUUUCAUGUAUCUGUACUUCCAUCUCUCUUAUGCUUGACCAUAGGCCAAUGUAUUAUAUCUAGAUUUCUGAUCUCCUUGUUCUUUCUGAU